UAAUAUUUCAAUGUUGUUUUAGUGAUAUCGGCUGUUUAACAUAAUUGUUUUGUUUUUAGACCAUCUCUACUAAAGAGUACAAAUAAGUAUGGAACGAGUCCCUUCGUUCGAUUAUUUAUAAACGAACUCUUAAAUGUCACUGUCAGAUAGUCACUGUCAAGUUUACUUCGUGGAACUUGAUGCAAAUUGACUAUUUAUUAGUGUACUCGUUGUGUGUGUUUACGAGAUUUAUUUCAUUAUUUUAUAAUAAUUCAACACUCCUAAAAAUGUCGGAAAGAAAAGUGUUAAAUAAAUACUAUCCUCCGGAUUUCGAUCCUUCCAAGAUCCCUCGGAUGAAAUUAGCCAAAAAUCGUCAAUACACUGUACGAUUGAUGGCACCAUUCAACAUGCGAUGUGCAACAUGUGGCGAGUACAUUUACAAAGGGAAGAAGUUCAACGCUAGAAAAGAGGAUGUUGAGAAUGAGGACUAUCUCGGUAUCAGAAUUUAUAGGUUUUAUAUAAAAUGUACCAGGUGCCUGCAAGAAAUUUCUUUCAAAACAGACCCAAAGAACACAGACUAUGAGAUAGAGGCAGGUGCCACAAGAAACUUUAUGGCUCUUAAACUAGCUGAGGAGCAAGCUAAGCGAGAGGAAGAAGAACAAAAAGAAGAAGAAGCCAAUAAUCCCAUGAAGCUACUUGAAUACAGGACUGAGCAGUCUAAACAAGAAAUAGAGACUUUAGAAGGAUUAGAAGAGCUUAAGGAAUUGAAUAGAAGGCAGCAUGCAGUGGACUUUGAGGGAAUGCUUAAGCAGUACCAACCAGAGACAUCGGAUGAACGGAGAGCCCGUGAGGAGAAGGAAGACGAUGAGUUUAUUAAGUCAGUAAAAUUCAACAAUCCAUCAAUGAAAAAGGUGAUAGCAGAAGAAAUAAUUGAGGAAGUGAAAGAUGAAGAAGACAGUGGACCUCCAGCCAAGACUUCUAGGAUAGAAAUAAUACCGCAGCGAACAAGCAGUUUGAAAAAGGCAGAAUCGUGGAACAAAAGUAUAGGAGUGCUAUCUAAGAAGUCAGCGUUAUCGAACUUAGUGAAAAGUAAGAAGGAUAAUGGUUCAAGUGUUUCGACUACUAGUGUAAGUACUGACAUAUCAAGUAAAGUGACAACGCCGGCCUCCGGGCUCUCGUUGCUAGCAGACUACUCCGGUAGCGACAGUGAUUCCCAAUAAUGUAAAUAACAUACAUAAUAUAUGCUAAUAUAGGAUUGGAAUUCGAUCUUAGUAUAUCAUUGAAAUCAUCCCAUUGACAUUUUUGUUUGUUAGUUUAUUAUUCAUAAAGCUGUCGAUUCUAGCC